AAAGCAAAACUCUCUCUCUCUCUCUCUCUAUCUCUCUAUCUCUCCUGAUGGAGCAUUCUCUGAAUCCUUCUAUGGGAAAAGCAGUGUCUGGAAGUGGCAAUGAGGAAAGCGGGUGGACUUCUUACUUGGAAGAUUUUUCUAAGGGCAUGGAGGAACAAAGUUACUGUUCCAGCUUGGGUGGCUCCUCUUUGGUCUCAGAUGCUGCUUCUUCUGCUGCAUGGAAACUCUCACAUCACAAUCACCUUCUGUCAUACCCUUCUGUUAGAGUUACGGACUCAUCUAAUAAUAUCUCUAAGAAACUUCGUUUCAAGAAAACAAGAACCCAGCAGAUAUCAGACGAUGAUCCUUUGGAAGACACUGCCAGCUCCCCUGUCAAUAGUCCCAAGGUAGGGGACCUGAAGAUUUCCAGCAAGAUUGACGAUGAUCAACUUGAUGGUUCUACUUCUAGGGGUAAGGGUUUUCACUCAGAGCGUUACCCAAACCUGCUGCAGGCUGAUGAGUGUGACAUGAACUUCAAUGAAAACAAUGUUGAGUGCACCGCAGACUUGAAGAAAAGGGGUCUAUGCCUUGUUCCUUGGUCCAUGUUGGUUAAUUAUUAUGGGUGAAUGCUACUUUUGUCUACUUUGUGUUCUUCUAUGUAGCUUGACUUCUCAGGUCACGUUGCUGUUAACAUAACAUGAUCAGUGACAGUAAACCCCUGUAUUAUACCAAUCAUUGUUAACAUGAUCAUAACCUGAGACCAUAGUUUAUGUUUU